UUAAUUUCUCUUGUAUGUCUGUGGUUACAUGGUUGAGUUGUUGGUAAAGGAAAUCAAAGAAGUUUGUUUUCUUUUGGACUUGGAAUUCGUUUUUAAAUCAUAUUUAAUCUUUUUACCCCGCAAAUUCCACAAUUUUUGAAAUAUCUCCAUAAUGGAGAAGUUCAGGCAAUAGUAGAGAUAUACGUAUCUAGGACAACCAGCAUGAACUGUUAAGGGUGUAUUGUGUUAUUGUAUCGUCUAGUAGAUAGUGUCCUUUCAUCAGCCAAGAUGGGGAUUAUGUACGAAAAACGACCUCUCAAAAGACCUAGAUUAGGCCCCCCCGAUGUGUACCCACAAGAACCCAGGCAAAAGGAAGAUGAACUUACCUCAGCAAAUGUAAAACAUGGCUUUACAACUGCUCCACAAUCUAGUGAUGAGUUUGGAACAGCCAGAAAUUUUAAUCAUUCUGCUUUCGCUACCAAGAUUGGACAGUUCUUUUCUGGUAUACUUUCCAAGAAGGAAGAACUCAAUACAUUACCUGAUUGUGGAAAGAAGAGACAGCAAGUAAACCCUAAGGAUAAUUUUUGGCCUGCCACAGCAAGAACUAAACCACAAAUUGAGGCCUGGUUUAAAGAUUUAGCUGGUAGCAAGCCAUUGUCAGUAUUAGCAAAAAAGGCCCCAAAUUUUAACAAAAAAGAGGAAAUAUUUAUAACACUCACUGAGUACCAAGUGGCAAUGCCCAGAGCGGCAUGGUUUAUUAAAUUGAGCUCUGCUUACACAGUUGCUGUUUCUGAAGCUAAAAUUAAAAAGAGGCAGCACCCUGAUCCUACAACAGAAUGGACAACAACAUUAAUCAAAUUUCUAAAGGAUCAAAUACCAAAGUUAGCUGAAUAUUAUCAAAGUGGCUUAGGAAAUAUAUCUGACAAAACUCCACCAUCUCAAUCAGGUCAGGGUACUCCGAGUCACAAUAUAUCAGGACAUCUUCCAGGCAGCUCAACACCCAAUUCCACUGCAUCAAAUUCAAUGCACUCUCCUGGGAGUUCAAGCUUAUUAGGGUCAUCAACGCCCGGGCCAGAGAGCACAGACUGGCGUCAAGCUUUAAAACAAUGGAACUAUUGUUGCCGUCUAGCAAAGUAUCUUUUAGAUGAGGGCUUAUUAGACAGACAUGAUUUUCUCAGUUGGAUUAUUGAAUUACUUGACAAAAGAACUCUUGAUGAUGGUCUACUGAGGUUGUUUCUCCCUUUGGCAUUGCAAUACAUGUGCGAGUUCGUAUGUUGCGAGAGUCUAUCACGCCGCCUUGCUACCACUUGUGCUAAGAAAUGUGCGGCCAUAUGUUCAGUUCUCUCUGAAACAACACUUCGUACACUUAAUCAGCCAGUUGUUUUUAAAAAUGAUAGAAAUACAGAUAUAAAUUGUGACCCACUCUCACCAGUCGAAACAAAUGUUGAUGUCAAACCGAAUAUAAAUCAAAUCAAACGAUCUGCGACUCCCGCAGACCAGAAUCACGGCACGCCAAAUCCAAACCAUUCCCUUGGGACUCCAAACCCUAACCACUCUUUGGGAACACCCAAUCCCUUGGGAACGCCUAAUCCGUCCCAGCCGAUGGAGCAAGUGAAAGAAGAGAAUGAGUCUCCGACACGGGACACUAAGACAACGUUGAAUACAGUUAUAAAUGCGUCUCUUAAUCCAGUGCAAGUCGGUUUUGGGGAAAUAUUGAAUUGUUCCUUUCAUAGAGAUGUUAUAAUUCAGUUGGGCACUAUAUUACAGAUUAUAUGUAUUGAAUGCCCCACUGCCAUGAUUUGGUCUGGAUGUGGGUCGGCCCUUCAAGGCUCGCCUUUAGACAUACUUCCUUUGCCACCAUCGGCGUUGCCCAUGCCUCAUAUGGAUUCAGAAAUUACUGAAGAGCACAAACGACUGGUGUAUGAAGCAGAACAAGAAAUUUCCGCUAGAAGUAAGAAAGCGGAGAGCAAAUGGUGUACAGAUAAAUGGCAAACUAGUUCGCAAGCACGUGUACUAGCGGUGCUUGAAGCCCUAGACCGACAUUGCUUUGAUCGUGUCGAUCCAAACAAUAAUUUAGAUACACUAUAUAAAGAAGUUUUCGCCAAUUGUACUUCGCCAAACAAAGAUGGGAUUCAAGAUCCUAAAGACCCCGAGUACGUAUGUUCGUACGCAGUUGUACGUGUACUAUGCGAAUGGGCCGUUUGCGGUGCACGUUGGGGCGAACAUCGCGCUAUGGCCACCGCAGCUCUACUUGAUAGGAGGCAGCAUCAUCAUCACCAUCAUGAGCAUCAAGGGUCUGAUGACAAGGAAUCGAUCAGCUCCGCAACGGGACUCUACAAUGGUCCACCAAUUUUCCAGAAUUUAUUGCUUCGCUUCCUAGAUAAUGAUGCACCGGUCUUAGAUGAAAGUCCGAACGCGCCUCCGGGAAAUCGGCAGCAAUUUGCCAAUUUGGUUCAUUUGUUUGGUGAGCUGAUUCGGAGAGAUGUGUUCUCACACGAUGCCUAUAUGUGUACAUUAAUCUCACGAGGUGACCUAAUAUCACCGACGGAGCCCAUAGUAACUUCUGGUUCUGGGAAUCACACUGUAGCCCAACCAGUUAACAGCGCGGGCACAAAUCAUAAUAUGGACGACGACAUUUUCGCUGGUAUCGAUUUGAAACCUAAAAUGGAGGAGAAUGUACGCAUGGAUCUAGACGACUCCAAAAUCGACGACGAUUUGGACAAAUUACUGCAGCAUAUCAAAGAAGAUCAGCAGAACUCGAUGGACGCACCAGACAGCCCGAAGGAUCCUGGGGAACCCUCCCACAGUGUUAACUCACCAAUGAUGGGCCCCGGCGGAAUGAGUAUUCCUGGUAUGCAGACUAUUGGAAUGGGUCCCAUGUCCGUCCCAGCAGGUAUCCGUCCUACGAGUUCUAAUGGGUCCAACACAAGUGGUACUAUGUCCCGACACUACCACUAUACGAUGCACUUCCCGCUACCACCCACUGAGCCAGAGCAUACACCACACGAUGCAAAUCAGAGACAUAUACUGCUGUAUGGCGUUGGAAGGCAAAGGGAUGACGCUAAGCAUGCGGUUAAGAAGAUGACCAAAGAAAUAUGUAAAUUAUUCUCGAAGAAGUUUUCGAUUGACGUCGCGGAAGGUGGGAAAAUUAAGAAGCAUUCCCGUAGUGAGUUCAAUUUUGAGGCGGUCACGCAAAAGUUUCAAUCAAUGUCGAUGUAUGAGCAAGGCGCGGUAUCGUGGGCAGUGGGUGGGGCGGUGUGUGAAGCAUUGGCCGCGUACGCUGCGGGCGCAACUACGUACUUGCCGCAGCCCGAACACGUAGCGUUCGCACUUGAUUUAAUGGAGAUCGCCCUUAACGUGCACGGGCUUAUUGAGACGUGCAUUCAGAUAUUAAAAGAACUAUCGGAGGUGGAGGCGGCGUUGACGACUCGCAACGCACCAAGCAGUGGUUUGGCAGCACCGCGUGCGUAUACGUCGGCACUUGCUCUUUAUACGGUUGGCGCUUUGAGGAGAUACCACUCUUGUUUAUUGUUAUGUGUGGAGCAAACAUCAGCAGUAUUCGAACAACUAUGCCGGCUGGUGAAAUGUGUUGUGAACCCUGGAGAUUGCGGAUCAGCCGAAAGAUGCGUCCUCGCCCAAUUGCACGACCUGUAUAAGGCGGCGGCGCAUCUCUUCCACGCCCCACAUGCAGACACCUUUGCUAAUGCCUAUCCUAAGAUCAAGCAAGCUCUUUACUCACCUCUUACGCCGACACCUUCGAACUUCCAAUACAACCCACAAUUUCUGAGUGAAUUUUUCACUAAUCCCAGAAAAGGUAAAAUCGAAAUAUCAUGGGCACGCCAAGUGGCGGAAUCGCCGGCAAAUCGCUACAGUUUUGUGUGCUCUGCGAUGUUAGCCGUUUGCAGAGAAGUUGAUAAUGAUCGUGUGAACGAGAUAGGCGUUCUAUGUGCGGAGAUGACGGCAUGGUGUAGUGGUUUGGCCGCGGAAUGGCUCGGAGCCCUAGUGGCGCUUUGUGGAGCGCAACAUUACCCUCCUAAUGCUGCUCACGCUCCGCCGCUAUACCCAGAUCUGCUUAAUCAUAGAGACUUACAUGAUGCAGCUGCUCAUGAUGCUCUAGCUGUCUUCACUUCUAUACUUGUCGCUCGACAUUGUUUCUCCCUUGAGGACUUUGUGCGACACGCGGCGUUGCCUUGCCUCGUAAAGACUUGUAAGGCUAGCAAUCAUCCAUCAGCGCCAUCGCCGGAUGCCGGCGCACGUCUCACCUGCCAUUUACUUCUGAGGCUGUUUAAGACUGUCGAUACUCCGCAACCAGGACUGUACAGCGUCUCUACAUCUCCCGGUCCGGGCGGCAGCGGCGCUGGAGUUCGAUUAUCGUGCGAUCGGCAUUUACUUGCCGCUGCUCAUAAGAAUAUUGGGGUCGCACCCGUUUUGGCCACCCUUAAGGCUGUACUCAUGGUCGGAGAUUUAACAGCACGUGAGUCUGGUAAGCCGAGUGGAAAGAAGUCAAGUGAACUCUCCCAUAUACUUGGAACAAGUGAUACGGUCCCUAGUGACGCACAACUUGAUCUAUUGUCGAUGGUAGAAACAGAGAUGAAUGGGGGCCAUAAAACGCCUAGAGGAAAUGGUGGUGUUGGUUCAACAUUACUAGAUUCGUCACAGUCUUUGUCCUCUCUUGCGAGGAGGGUUCUAGUUGAAAUCUGCUCUGAAGAAUGGGUUCUACAGAAAUGUUUGCAAAACCCAGACGAAUUGUAUCAACCUGAUAUGUUGCUUGACCCUGUCGUUACACCACGACAAGCUCAAAGAUUGCUACACAUGAUAUGUUAUCCGGACUCGGCGAGUCAUACGCAUCCCGAUCUUGACCAGAAAACGAUGAUAACACGUCUGCUUGAGAACCUGGAACAGUGGUCUCUACGCAUGUCGUGGCUAGACCUGCAGCUAAUGUUCAAGCAGUUCCAAAGUGGGUCAUCGGAAUUGAGCGCGUGGCUUGAUACCGUCGCACGCGCAGUUAUCAACGUCUUUCAACAGCCAGCACCACCACCGCCGGAUAAAGAUAGGAUGGGUACUGAGCGCGGUGUGGUGAGUACCAGUAAGUGGUCUCAGUCUGUGUGGCUGGUGGCGCCCCUCGUCGCGAAGUUGCCGCCUGCUGUACAAGGCCGAGUGUUGAAGCAAGCUGGACAGAUCCUAGAGAGUGGUUGGGGUGCAGGAUGUAGCGGUAACUGCUCAGGUGGUGGUAGCGGAAGUGGUUCACAUCGGGACUGCAAGAGCCAUCAGAGUCCCAGUUACAAAGGAUCAGCAGGCGGCGGUGGUGGUGGCAAACGGGGUGUUGGGAGCGCGUCAUGCGGUGGAUCUUGCGCGUGCGCAGCGUCAGCAUUGAGACUAGCAAACGAGCCAUUAUUGUCCCUUGUUCUCACCUGUUUACGACACCAGGAUGAUCAGAAGGAAAGUCUGCUUAGCUCCAUCCACGCCCAACUGCAGCACUAUUUAAACCACGCCCGUGAUCACGAACGAUCAGCUUGCGGCGACACCUGGCAGGAGGAAGCAGCGCCCGAGGCUUUGUUACUGCGAUUUUCUCUCGCUGGAGGAAUGUUUGACGCCAUCCGCCGUUCCUACCAGCUGACCUCGGAUUGGGCAGUUCUGCUGACACAGCUGGUUGCCCAUCAAGUUAUCGACGCAUAUAACAAUAGUCUGUGUCGCAGCAACUUGUUCACGACAUUGAUCGACAUGCUAGCGACUCUGAUACACUCGACGCUGGCGGAAGGCGGUGACGAUAACAAUAGGAAGCACUACCAGAAUCUGAUGAAGAAGCUCAAGAAAGAAAUUGGCGAUCGACAUGGUCCCAGCGUACAAGCUGUGAAACAGUUGCUACCGCUUUCCAAAAAUACUGUUGAGGUUAUUGCGUGCGAGAAAAUUACGAGUUUCGACAGUGACAAAAAGCAGGGUCUCCGACUAACAGACAAGUUAGCAGUAUCAAGUUGGGAGUUAGUAGAGGGUGGGAGAAACCCAGCUCCGCUCUCGUGGACUCUCUUCGCCGCCACCAAGAUUGAAAGGAAACCGCUCACUUAUGAAAACUCACAUCGAUUAUUGAAGUACCACACGCACAGCUUAGUCAAACCGCUCAGCUACUAUUUGGAACCAUUGCCGCUACCUCCCGAAGAUUUAGACAACAAUGAUAGCAAACAGGACAAUGGAAGUCUGGAUUCGAGUCCGACAGGGUCAGGUAAGGGCCGCAAAAUGUCCUGCAAAAUGAACAAGAUGAAGAAAUCGAAACCAACAACUCCGACGAAUGGCGUGGGUGGGGCAAUGGGUGGUGGAAUGGCGACGCAACAACAGCCGCAGUUUAUGCCACAACAACAGCAGUGGUUCCCACACGGACAAAACUACUAUAAUCCAUCUGCGGGCGUCAACCCACGCGGCGUUGUUCCGCCCACAAACGCCCAAGGUGCCUCGAAGCAGGCGCUUAGUAACAUGCUGCGGAAUCGAUUCCCCUUCUCACAGAUGACACAGAUGCAGCAGAGUAGUGGAUACCCGGGAGCUCCACAGCCUCGCGGUCCCUUCCCACGUCAGGCCAUGAGGCAGAUGCAGCCAAACCAAAUGGGACAGAUGCAACCCACCCAAAUGAACCCGAUGAGCGGAAUGGGCGGUAUGGGUCCCAUGGGACAAAUGGGUGGAGUUCAAAUGGGACCGGGACAGAUGAGUGCCGGCCAGAUGGGCGCUGGACAAAUGGGCAGCGGUCAAAUGGGCGGCGCGCAGAUGGGCAGUGGACAAAUGGCCGGUGGGCAAAUGUCCAGUAGUCAGAUGGGAGGAAUGGGUGGACAAAUGUUCGGAGGCCAGUAUGCUGGUAUGCAACAAAGUUAUGGUGGUUAUGGACAGCAGAUGAUGCAGGGUGGUCAGCAACAGAUGAUGAACCAGGGUAUGAGUCAGAGCGUAAACCAAAUGGCACAGCAAGUUAACCCGAUGAGUCAGGGAGUUAACUCCAUCGGACAAAAUGUGGGACAGAUGAACCAAGGCGUGGGGCAGUCGGCUCAAAUGCCACAGAGUAUGGGGCAAAUGAGUCAGGGAAUGGGACAAAUGAGUCAAUCGAUGGGGCAGAUGAGUCAAAUGGCACAAGGGGGUGGUAUGGGUAUGAAUAGUCAGGGUGGGUCAAUGGGACCCCAAGGAGGCAAUGGUAUGGGAGGUUUUCCGGGGCAACAAUCAUUCCAACAGAACAUGAUGAGCGGUCGCGCAAGUCAAGAAGCAUAUUUAGCCCAGCAAAGACAAAACGCCCGCCCGCAGUAUAUUCAGCAAGCACCUAACGUGACAAUGGGUGGUAUGGGCGGUCCAGCUCCGCCCUACCGUGGCAUGCAGCCGCAACAAACCGCCCAAUAUCAGCAACAGAUGACGCAACAGCAACGCAUGCGACAACAAAUGCUUGCUAUGCAGCAGCAGCAGCAGCAACAACAACAGCAACAGCAACAAGGGCCUCUGGUGCAGCACUUGCAGCGGCAACAGUACCAACAGCCUUAUCAGUGAUCGCCUUAAGUCAUGCUAAAAUCUGUUAAUCCCCUAAAUUUACAUGCAUGGGGCAGAUCGUGUUCAGCUAGCCUGUGCCUUCCAAAACGAAACAAUAAUGUCCCCAAAAAUAACAUAAAAGAGUAAUUUUACAAUUUGUAUCACAUUUUUUAUCAAAUUAACUAAAUAUUGUCAGUGUAUCACUGAAAAUAUAUGUUCAUUUUUAUUAUUAACAAUUAAAUGAACGCAAAACAGUUUACUGUUUGAGAGAGAAUUUAAUUUUAACACCAAUUUUCUUUUAUACAAAUGUCUCCAUGUAUGUAUAAAUGGUAAAAGAAAACAUCGUUUAUAAUUUUUUAUUAAAUACGUUCUAAAAAAUACACAUACAUCUUAUGUAGCCUUGUAAAUUAGGUAUAUUAAACUGUUUUAAUAAAUUAUUUAUACUAGUUAUUAGACAUUUAAGUUACAUUGUGUAUAACUUCUAAUUUCAAAAACAUAGUAUAUUUUAUUACAAAUCAUGUAAUCAUCUGUCAUGGUGGCCUUAUCUUAAGUUUAGGUUUCCAAGAAAAGCGGUGCCAUUAACUAACGGCCGUCAUUUUACGGUUGUUAAUAACGGCCGUGUUUACUUUUUAACAUAAUACAAAAAAAAACAUCACUUUCGCUCGUCCAAGUCACGUUUAAC